CUAAUGAACUUAGUGAGAGUAAUCUGAUUGGUUCCGGAAGUUUCAGGCUCUGUAUACAAAGGUGUUCUCAGAAGUGGAACUGCCAUUGCAGUUAAAGUGUUCAACCUGGAUGCGGCAUUCAAGAGUUUUGAUACGGAAUGUGAAGUUUUGCGUAGCCUUCACCAUAGGAAUCUCGUAAAAGUCAUUACUAGUUGUUCCAACCUUGAUUUUAAGGCGUUAGUGGUCGAGUAUAUACCAAAUGGAAGUCUUGAGAAGUAUUUGUAUUCGCACAACUACUUCUUAGACAUCAAGCAGAGACUAAGCAUAAUGAUAGAUGUGGCAUGUGCUUUGGAAUAUCUUCACCAUGGGUGCUCGUUGCCUGUGAUCCACUGUGAUGUGAAGCCUAGUAACGUCUUGCUGGAUGAGGAUAUGGUUGCCCACCUAAGUGACUUUGGCAUCUCAAAAUUUCUUGGUGAAUAUGAGAGUGAUUUGUACACAAAAACCUUAGCAACACUGGGUUAUAUUGGGCCAGAGUAUGGGCAAGAUGGGUUGGUGUCUACUAAAUGUGAUGUCUAUAGCUACGGGAUCAUGUUGCUUGAAACGUUUACUAGGAGAAAGCCUAAUAAUUUUGAGGGAGAUCUUAGCUUGAAGCAAUGGGUGAGUCAUUCACUCUCAGAGUCCGUAAUGGACGUCAUAGAUAUCCACUUGGUAACACCAACGGGUAAUCACUUAUGGAAGGAUCUUGAUGUCGUGGCUUCAAUCAUGAAAGUUGCAUUAGAUUGUUGUGCUGAAUCUCCAACAAGAAGGACAAACAUGAAAGAUGUUGUAGGAAUGCUACAGAAAAUAAAGAUUCAACUUCUUGUGUUUUGAGCAUGUUGUUGGAAUCUGUUCUCCAAAUCACUUGUUUGUUACAAACUUUUGCUUAAUUGUUGGAUUCCUGUAAAUAUGGUAUUCUGUUUUUUGUUAUAGAACUUGAUUUGUGCAUGAUUCUGUUGCAAUAAAUCUGCUCGUAUGGACUUUACAUGGUGCAGCCUUUUGACAGAACGCCUCAAAAAAUACUAGCAAUAAUAUUACAUUCAAAUUUAGAGUUGUACAGAGCCUUCAAAGUGCAAAUACAAAUUGGAAAGAAUAUAUCAAGACUAAAAUGACAAGAAAUAAGUUGGGCUCUAUCUUUUCUGUCUACUCAUAUCCACAGGAAGAAUCCGAGGGUAGCCUGAUGGUCAUCAAAUAAAGCUAAGAUGAGUAUAUUUUCUUUUAUGCUUGUCUCAAAGUAGACUAAACACCUAUUUACUCGAGCACGGGACAUUAUAUGGACGGUAAAACAAAUUAAUCUUCCUGAAUCACUUGUGCACAACAGAUGUUGAACCCAUGAGACAUAGCAGAGACACUAACAAUUUGCACCAAAUUCAUUUGGUCAAUAAAUGAUCAUUUCAUUUAUUUCACCUAGAUUCAUCAUCGAUCAGUAGCAAAAUUUCAAACCUUUCCACCAUAUACAUGAAUUAAUAUGGAUAUUGUGGUUAAAAAACAAGCGCAUAUUAAUCAUUAUUUUGCAGGGUAAGACUUUUAGAGAACUCUGUCUUGGGGCAUAACUUUUGUCUUGAGGCAUAACUUGUGUCGCUGAAGUUCUACCUUGGGACAUAAAUUGUGCCACAGAACUUAUGCCUAGCAAAUUUUUUU